AUGUUCUUACACUAUCUGCGGAAGCUCGCAGGGAUAUCGGAGACAGGAACAUCCACGCUUACGUCAAUAUCUGGUCUACAUACGGCAGGAAGCCUUCAACUCCUGCCGACAACAAAGACUCGUGAAGUAUCUUUAACGGAGUUGAAAUUAAGGCCAGACUGUUGUUGCCAGAAGUCCACGACAAAUUGA